CCAAUGUAGCCUAUACUUUGUAUAUGAUAGCGACUUGCCGCGAGCAUAGCAGACUAGCUUCCAGCAAACUAGUCUGCUUCUUCAUUAUUUUUUCCCACCAUAUAAGCCCUUUUCAAACAUGUACUGUGAAUUCUUAAUGAAUCGUGAGUAUCCUGAUAUCAAUACUAAGCUGAAAAAUCCUGAUUCAUAUUCACCGAAUCGUAUCUCCGGGAGAGAUUCUCAAAAUAUUUUCUGGAGAUCAUGCGAAAGGGGGCUACAGGCUACUUUAGUACAUUUUGUUAUAAUGGACAUGUACAAAAUAGUGAAGUCAGGAUUUAUUUACGUGGCUAAACAAAAAUGUUUUUUUACAGGAUCAAUAUGCUGCAAUAGCAGAUGUUGCGCAAUCUCUAGUCACCCUUCUAGCGGCAAGAAAUCCAUCACGACCUGAAGGCACCGCUCAAGGUCAAGGCGGGAGGGGGCAACCAACCAUUCAGGAAAGGCAACCACCUCUUAGCAUUCAGCCCAUAGCCGGGACAAGUCAGCCACAGACCGUGCAGAGUGACAUGCAAAGGUCAUCUCCCGGGUUCUUUAGGCGGGAAGCGGUUAGAGCAAAAAAACGCCCUGCAGCUUUAUCCAAGCUUUCUCCAGCCAUUGCCGUGAAGUACAUACGUUUACAGUUCUUCCUCAUGCCUGGCCCCACGGAUCGAUCUCCUCGAAAACAAGAAGAAGUGCAACUCCUUGAGGCAGGCAUGGGAAAGAGAACAGUAACUGUUUUGGAAAAUGCUUCGCAUGAUGAGAUUGUCAGUCAACUUGAGGAGAAAUACUCCAAGUUGAAGAACUUGUCUGGAGGCUGGCUUUGCUACAAAGCAUCAGGCGGACAAGGACAAAGAAAAUUAAACCUUGUUACAACAGAGUCGGAGGGCUACAACGCACGACUGCUCAAGAACGUGAGCAUAAAUGGGAAGCACAUACUCUACGUUGUCCCGCUUCAAGAGCGUCUUGAUGAGACGCCACUCCCCCAUGAUGCUCCAGAAUUCGAGAGAAUGCCAAAGUCCACAUGCCAAAAGUGUGGCAUAAUUAUGCCGCUGCAGUUCCUGGCCCUGCACAUUACGUCUUGCAAUGUGGAAGAUAACAGUGAUGAGCCAGAAAUGAGCAGUAUUGAAGAGGUCCGGGACAAUACUACAGAAAUAUGUCCAAUAUGUGGACAAAACUUUCCCACAGAGGACAUACAAUUCCAUGCCAGCUUUUGUGGAGAUGGAAUUUCAGCAAACAGCAGUCGGUUUCAGGAUGAUGUUGCUGGCGAAGGGACUUCUGGGACAAAUAAUCUCUGGCAACAAGGGUCCAGUCAUACAGUGCCACAAAGCUCCACUGUUACAGUCAAUCUUGACGAACCAGAAUGGAAGGAAACACUCAAUGCCUCAAGUGCAGCAACACAGUUUAGAAGAUGUUUGUUGAGAGAGCAAGAGCUGGAGACACCUAUUCGCUUCUCAAUGGACCUAGCAUCAGAUGUUGGAGACAGAGAAAAGGCAGUUCUCGCUUUCUACAAGAUCAAGAGAACAAAAUGGGCUGCCCCACUUCACUGUGUGCUCGAAGGUGAUGCAGCAAUAGGUGAUGGCGUAAGUCGCUAUUUCCUCAGCUUUGCCAUGAACGCUUUACAGUCCGGAUUCAGCAUAAAUUUUGGUAAUGCUGAUGUGACGAUGCUCUUUGAGGGGCAAAAGGAUCACCUCAUCCCCUGCGCAUCACAGCCACUAUUGGACUCUGACCUAUUUAUGAUGGCAGGCAGAAUGGUGGGGCAUUCCUUCAUUCCCGGUGGCCCAGGUUUGGCAGGCAUCAGUCCUGCUGUCGUCCAUAUGCUCCUAGGGGGGCAAUUGGAGACAGCAACAUUGGUCCUGGAGGAUUGCCCUGAUCUUGAUCAGAGGAACACUAUCCACUCGGUACCCCCAUUGAAAGGGUGA